AUACAUUUUUUGAAAGAUGUAAAAUACUCAAGGAAAGAGACAGUAGUUCUCAUUAAAACUUAAAGACUUGGGCUUGCAUAAGCCUGCCAUAGCAUCUCCUACAUGCCUGCCCAUUCUAACCUUUUGAUGUAGGGAGGGAGCAUAGUCUGACCAAGGGUGGAAACAGGAGAGAUGUAUCCAGCUGAUUUCUCAUCACCUGAAUGGCCCCUUUGGGUCUUACACCAAGAAUUGUGUUUCCCCCCUGGUUUUAGGACUUCCAAGGACCUUAAAAUCCGCCGUUUCCUUCCCCCGUGGCCAGAGGAGAGGAUGUGACCAUAAAAUGUUGCAGUGUGUGUCAUGGUGCAUGACGAUCACUGCAGCCCUAUCUCUUCAACAUCAAGGUUACCAAGGUUUGGGCUUCUUGGUGGAGAUUUAAAGCUGUUCUUCUGUUCCUGAUCAUUGACGCAAACCAUGGAGUGUGCUCAAGAACAUGAAGAAUGCCUUGUGCAAACCCAGAUGUAUUCUGUGGAGAGACCAAUUUAUAACCAAGAGUUGUUGCAAGAACAGCUGCACCAGAAAGAAAAGCCAUCUCAGCCUCUGUCACAGAGGAUAGCACAUUCAUGUCGUUGUACCUCCAAAAAAGCCAAGUCUCAUCUGUACAGCUUCUUACCAAUUUUACUAUGGCUUCCCCGGUAUCCGGUGAAGGCGUAUCUAUUAGGAGACAUUAUCUCAGGUAUAAGCACUGGGGUUAUGCAGCUUCCUCAAGGUCUAGCCUAUGCUUUACUGGCAGCUGUUCCCCCAGUAUUUGGAUUGUAUUCUUCAUUUUAUCCUGUUUUUCUGUAUACAUUUUUUGGGACCUCCCGACAUAUAUCAAUAGGCACAUUUGCAGUGAUCAGUAUGAUGGUUGGUGCAGUUGCAGUAAGAGAAGUUCCUGAUGAAAGAUUUGAUAUUCUGGAGUCUAAUUCCACCAACAGCACUGAAAUUAGAGAUAACCUGAGGGUGCAGGUGGCUGUGACUCUUGCCUUGCUUUCAGGGAUCAUACAGCUGUGUUUAGGUCUCCUUCGGUUUGGAUUUGUAGCCAUCUACCUAACGGAGCCCUUAGUACGAGGGUUCACAACUGCUGCAGCGGUUCAUGUCUUUACCUCCCAGUUAAAGUAUCUGCUUGGAGUUAAGACUAAACGAUACAGCGGAGCCCUUUCAGUUUUAUAUAGUAUAUAUGCUGUGUUUUCAAACAUCACAGACACCAACAUUGCAGCCUUAGUUGUUGGAUUAACGUGCAUUGUUUUGCUACUAAUUGGCAAGGAAAUCAAUGUGCGUUUUAAGAACAAGUUACCAGUUCCUAUUCCUAUGGAGAUCAUUGUGGUAAUAAUUGGUACUGGAGUUUCAGCCGGAAUGAAUCUUUCUGACACCUAUGGAGUGCAUAUUGUUGGGAAUAUCCCUAAAGGAUUACGGGCCCCGGCAAUACCUGAUAUGGGAAUCAUCCAACAAGUAUUUAUAGAUGCAAUAGCAAUAGCAAUCGUUGGCUUUUCCAUGGCUGUAUCAAUGGCCAAAAUCUUUGCACUUAAACAUGGUUACACUGUUGAUGGAAAUCAGGAACUCAUUGCCUUGGGAAUAUGUAAUUCCGUAGGAUCCUUUUUCCAGAGCUUCCCAAUCACUUGCUCGAUGUCUCGAAGCCUUGUUCAAGAAAGCACUGGUGGAAAAACACAAGUUGCAGGUACACUAUCCUCGAUCAUGGUGCUUUUAGUCAUUGUGGCUAUUGGUUACCUCUUUGAACCGCUACCACAGACGGUGCUGGCUGCGAUUGUGAUGGUGAAUCUGAAAGGAAUGUUUAAACAGUUUGCCGACAUACCACAUUUCUGGAGAACCAGUAAGAUCGAACUGGCCAUCUGGGUUAUAGCUUUUCUGGCCUCUGUUUUCCUGGGACUAGAUUACGGCUUGCUUACCGCUGUGGCAUUUGCAAUGAUAACCAUUAUCUACCGAACACAAAGUCCACAAUACAGAAUCCUUGGUCAGAUUCCCAACACAGACGUUUACUGUGACGUCGACACAUAUGAAGAGGUGAAAGAAUGUCCAGGAAUAAAAAUAUUCCAGGCCAAUGCCUCACUCUACUUUGCCAAUAGUGAAUUAUACCUCAAUGCACUGAAGAAAAAGACUGGAGUUGACCCUUGUGCCAUAUUGGCUGCAAGGAAGAAAGCCCAGAAAAGGCAUGCCAGGGAAAUGAAACAGGCAGAUGAAUUCAAGAAGAAAGCCGUCCUGAAGCUUACCAGUGAUGUGGAAACAAGUGUAAAGCAUGAAAUAGCAAAUGAUGAGCUGCCCCUAAAUGGAAAGUUUGCAUCUGCUGAUGCUAAUGCCCAAGACACAUCUCCUGAUGAACUCGAGCACUUUAUGGAGCCAAUGGGAAAAGUUCACUCUCUAAUUCUGGACUUUACACCAGUGAACUUUGUGGAUUCAGUUGGAGCAAAAACAUUAAAAUCGGUUAUAAAAGAAUACGAAGAAAUUGGGGUUGGUGUGUACAUAUCUGGCUGCAGUGGCCCUGUUGUUGAUGAUCUGACAAGACUUAAGUUCUUUGAAAAAUCCAUCACGAGAGACUUGUUGUUUCACAGUGUCCAUGAUGCUGUGCUCACCUGCCAACUGAAAGCUGUAUCUGUUUCGCAGGCUGCCUUAAAUCACUGAGUCACACCCAGAUAUCUGUGUUCUCAGAAUUGUGCAGACAGAGACUCUCUUCCAACAUUUAAUUUGCACAUUUUAAACAGAGCCUGAGGCUUUUUACAUCUACUGGUAUAUUCUAUGGGAGGGAGUGGGAAUUGUUUGUGCAGGAAUAACAAAUGAGGACUUGGAAGCCUUCAAACUUUUCAACUGUACUCUUUCCAGGUAGGACCUGAACCAACAGGGAAACAUUUAAUUACACAAGGCUGAAAACAUGUGUUUUGCUGCGGUCAGUGUUAGAGAAUCAGUGUAGGGGGGUGCAGUUUAACACUUAGAACUAUGGCAAACAUUAUCACACCUACUUAGGUGCGGACAAAACCGGAAGAUGUGUGGAGUGCAGCGUGAACAAGUUGACAUUCCAACGGCCUCAUGAUGAAAUAUGCACUUUAAUUCACUGCUUCUAGUUAAGUGGGAUCUUGCAGAAAACAAAUGUUCUGCAAUUGCCAAUGUAAUACACUGUACCAGUGUCUUCAAAGGAUGUUCUUAACUCACUGUAAAACACUGAUGCCAAUAUCUAUGUCUAGCAGGUGCUUAUGUAAAAUGAAGCCAGUUUGCUGACUGGAUUAGUGACUUUUCAUGCUAGUGGCAUAGCUGCUCCUUUUUUUACCUGGAUGGUACGAACAGUGGUCCUGUUUUUAUAUCUGAAUUGUCUCAAAAUGCCCAACUUCCUUAGUCUCUCUUGCCCUAUUUUCAAUUGCAUUUCAAAUCAAAGUCUCAUUGUUUAAGUGGAAUGGAAUACAUUUUCAUAGUCAGGAUAGCAUGGUUACUACUAGCCAAUACAUUCAAGUCACACCUAUGCUGUAAAACUCAGGGGGUGAUGAUUCUAUCCCCCUAGAGCAGGGGUGGGUAAAAUGCAGCCUGUGGGCUGGAUGCAGUCCACCAGGCCAUUCUGUCCGUCCUAUGGGGCCCCUAAAAAAUUUAGAAAAUUAAUAUUUAUCUGCUACUGGCUGCCUGUCAUGCGGCCCUUGAUGGCUUGCCAAAAUUCAUUAAGCGGCCAUCCACCCAAAAUAAUUGCCCGUCCCUGCCCUAGAGGCUGGCAACCUAUGAUCCCCCCAGAACUAUUGGGUCCAUCCUGUGGAUGUGGGAAUGCUGUGGGCGCUCUCCAUACCACAGCGGGAAGAUGAACCAUCUGGAGGCAGGUCCUAGUACCCACCCUUCUUUGACCUGAGGUGAGCCAUUCUGGGCCAGAGCCAGAAAAGGUUGCCAGCCACUGUCCUAUAGCAAAGAUUUGAGGUUUAAUGGGCUAUGACCAGGCUUGUUUAAAAACAUCUUAAAUGGGAACACAUGGACCCUGUCCAAUCUGUUUAAAGCAGGGGCGUCAAACAUGCAUCCUGCAGGCUGGAUCCAGCCUGUGGGUCUUAGACUGACCCUGUACACUGCAUGAGGCACCUGUGCUGGACCAGCUCUGCCCACUGGCUCCAGGGCCAGAACAUAUAAGGCCGGCCUGGCAGUUUAUCGCAGGCCCCAUGCUGGCCCCCUGCGCCACUUGCAGUGCACACCGCAAGUCUAGUUCCCCAAACCACAUGCAGCAUGCACCCACCCCAGGGCUUGCUGUGCACAUGAAGCCAGCACAGUGUGCAAGCUGCAUGCAGUGUGUGGGUUGGACCCAGCACUGCAGUUGACAUUGGGUCUGGGACAUGGGCUACAUGUGGCCUCCUGACUAGCCCAGCGCCGUGUGCUGGCUCCAGUGCUCGUGGACAGUCUGGGGCCUGGUCAGGGUGGGUCUGGUGGGGGCACUGCUGGCAGAACACACAUCAAACCAACUCCCUGCGCUGCUCGCAGCACCAAGUCCAGCCCAUGCACUGCAUACAGUAUGUGCCCUCUGUCAAGUGCUUUGCAAAAUAGUGUUAGAGAAGCCUCAGCUGCAGCUGAUCUGUUAAGAUAGUGGAGUAAAAUGCUGUUUUGAUCCAGCUGAUGUGAUUUCAGGGCUGGACAGGCCUGGCUGGCUCUAUCAUUUGUGUGGGGCUCAGAACAGAAACAGUGCAAAGAGAAUCAGGUUUCAGUGUUCGGUGAUCUUCCAUUUAGCUCCAUCACAGCAGUGGCCAUGGGCAGUAGGGGAAUUCAUAUGGCUCUGUUCUGCAGAAGUAGGUCAGGAUUUAGUUUCUUUCAAUCUGCAUGGAUCAGAGCUUGCAGUGCGUGAGCCAUGUUGCACAUAGCAAGGGGCCAAGAGAUAAGUUUUCCUUUCCACUCACCUACCUGACAGCAAUGAGAGGCAACAUUUGUAUCAGGAACGAAACCUUUGGCUAGAAUGUAAAGGUUUAAUUGAAUGGGAUUGCAACUUUUUUAUUUUAAGUGACUUCUGAAAAAAAUAAUUUUGUAAUGUUAAUUUGUUGAACAAUCCUUUAUAUCUACAUAUAGUAUAUUUUUCUACUUCUAGCUUGUUGCAGCUUCAGUUUUUAUCUGUACAAUUUCUUCAGUCAGUGUCAAAAUAGUCUCUGUCAACAGCCAAAAUAAAGUGGGUCAGACAACGUAA